AUGACACAUCGUGUAGCAAUUGUUGGAGGAGGGGCUUCAGGUCUGGCCUCUAUUAAGUGCUGUCUGGAUGAGGGGCUGGAGCCUGUCUGCUUUGAAAGCAGCAAUGACAUUGGUGGUCUGUGGAGGUUUAAGGAGAAUCCAGAGCCAGACAGGGCCAGUAUUUACUUUUCUGUCAUAAUCAACUCUUCCAAGGAGAUGAUGUGUUUGAGUGAUUCUCCCAUCCAUGCGCACUUCCCAAACUACAUGCACAACUCCCUCAUCGUGGACUACUUGGACCACUUCCAGCUCACCAAGCACAUACUCUUUAACACCAAAGUCUUGCAGGUGAAGCAGAAAUCUGAUUUUUCUCAUUCGGGCGAGUGGGUUGUUGAAACAGACAAGGAUGGCAAGAAAGAGAAACACAUUUUUGAAGCUGUGAUGAUCCUUAGUGGACACCACUGCUACCUCAACAUGCCUCUUCAUGACUUUCCAGGCAUUGAAACUUUCCAGGGGAAGUAUUUCCACAGCAGAGACUACAAGACUCCUGAGGAGUGGAGGAAUAAAAAGGUCAUAGUGAUUGGAAUUGGAAACUCUGGAGCAGAAAUAGGAGUGGAACUGAGUAGAGUCACCAAGCAGGUUUACCUGAGCACUCGAAGGGGAGCCUGGAUUCUGAACAGACUUGGGGAUAAUGGGAUUCCCAUUGACUUGUAU